CUUUCGCCACAUCACUUGACACGAUGCAUUGCCACGUCAGAGCCACUGUGGCUCCGUCUGCAUUCUCCUUGCGGACGGGUUUUCUCGAGUCCCGACGGCUUGACACGUGUAAAAAUCGACGAUCGACAAUCCCCAUUGUACAUGUCCGGCGCGCGGUCGAUGAUAGGAGAGUAGUCGCCGUGAAACUGACACGCCAGUGCGGCUCGGCAGGGAAUAAUAAAGCCAAGGCGACACACCUGGUUCCCUCCGCCGAGCUCAGCCGAUUAGCGUUUUCCGGCUCGCUUUUGCCGUCUUCGGCGCCGCAAUUGUCGCCGUCAGGAGCGCGGAGGAGACACGUGGCAGCUCAAGCGGGGCUGGACGACACGUACUGGAUCUCCGUGCUGCAGGCCGUGGGCGUGGCUCUAGCCACAGGCGGCGUGGGAGUGGUGGUGGGGCUGCUGCUGCGACUGAAGAUAUGGGAGGACGCCAAGAGGGAGGUGGCUCGCUUGGAGGCGGAGGGACGACUGGAGGAGGAGGUAGCAGUGGUGUUGCAGCAGCUGGAGAAGCAGGAGGGCAAGGAGGGGAGGCGGCAGGUUCAGGCCGAACAGGUGCUCAAGACAUCAGUCGAUGGUGAUGGUGAUGGAGAUGGUGGUGUGGGGAGUGAGAGGAAGAAUGCUGCUGCUGCUGGUGCUGGAGGGGAGGAGUCUGGUGUAGCAGAAAGUGAAGAUGGAAGCGGCGGCAGCAGCAGCAAGGCUGCAGAAGCACCAAAGAGAAACCGGCCUGUUCGAGUGGAGUAGCAUGUGUUCGUGGCGUUGUGGUACAGUAGCCGUAGGUGUUGGGUUGGGUGUAGUGCAGUAGUCAUAAUGCGCUCAACAUCUGGUACUCAGAAUUUGAUUUCACACCAUUUUGUUCUUUGGUGUGUUGUGACCUAUACGGUUUUUCGUUAGCAGAUUUCACACUUGGCGAAAACAUUGCAUGCUCAGAAGAACGUUGUAGUAAAAUCACGCAGAUGGU